AUAUGUGUGUGUGCGUGUGUUUCAAGCUUUGUUGUUGGAUGUCCAAUGUCCAAUAAACAAGACUGAGCGGAGUUUAGAAUUCGAUAAAGAACGAGCGAAUUUUGUUGAUAAACACCAAACAUAUUUUGGCCGGUUUUAUUAACGAGGCGAUUCAAAAGACAACACAUUUAUGAAUAUAUAUAUACCACAGCAUUGCAUCUCGGUGAAAACGUAGCAUUAUAAGGAUGAACAACUUAGAUACGAAUUCCACCACAAAGGAAGAGACAAAAACAAUGAUGGCGUACGUUACGGCAAAACCUUUUUUAGGCAUCACUUACGUCAUAAUUCUUGGUGUAACAUCGGUUGUCGGAACGUUCGGAAAUGGUCUAAUACUUUACGUGGUUUCCGUGAAGAGAAUCAUACGCAAAGUGGAAUCGAUAUUCAUAUUGAAUCUUGCAGUUUCGGACAUAUUCGUUACGGCUGUUGCAAACGUAAUCAGCUUGUUAGGUAAGGUGAAGGGCGAGCAGUACAUCAACAAUAUACCCGGCCUUUGCGUAGUCGUAGCGUCCAUUUGCACCGUCACGUGCGUUUCGUCAUUGACAACAAUCAUGGUGAUGAGCAUUAACCGAUAUGUGUACAUCUGCGCCCCGAAAUACAGGAAGAUAUUUACGAAUCGGACUUCGAUUCUGUAUUGCCUCGCGAUGUACGUUUUAGGCAGUUUUCUGUGCAUCUUAAACGUUUUCGGCAUAGGAGGCCACGGCUUUGAUACUCAAGGAAAAAUUUGCAUAUGGGACAGGAUGGCUUCGCAUCCGUAUACCAUUGUGUUCUCGGUGGUAUUAGUUUGGAUACCAGCCAUCAUAACGGGAAUUAUAUUUUUGCGCGUGUAUUUCUUCGUGCGCGCACGAUCACGAGCAAAUACGGAUCGUGUUUGCAUCAAAUCUUCGUAUAUAAGCGUCGCCAAGUCAUUUAUCAUAAUAUAUUUGGUGUUCAUUAUUUGCUGGGCGCCGUACGCGACUGUCAUUGCACUCGAAUACGAUAACUCCUACCCAGAAGACCUGCAUGUUUUCGUCACCGUGUUUGCCCAUCUGCACCCGUGUUUCACGUGGAUCGUUUAUUAUAAGACUAACAAACGGUUUGCAGAGGCUUACCGGGCCAUAUUUCAAUCCCGUAAAAACUCUGAAAGGCGGUGUCAAAAUGGGUCUAUAGCUCUGCCUGAACUUUCGUCCAAUUGGUCUACAAGUCCGGCUGAAGUGACAGGCCAUCAAAAUCCGCACAGCAUGACUGAUUCGGAGACGGCCCUCAACACUCGCCCAGUCUUGUCGAGAUGAUCGGUGUCUUUGCAGAUUACACGGAAUUGAGCACCCGGGCCAGACUGACACUUUCCGGAGCCUGUCCGAGACGGAACUCGAGCCGAGGAAUCAUUGGUCCAGGUGUGACAGAAAACUUAAAGCUCAUGUCUGACGAUGACUUUUUUUAGUCAGGAAGUCAAUUGUGUUGUUUUUCCAUGCAAGCAAGCCUUUGUGUUGGGUCAAAUGACAUCAGAAAUGCUGCUUCUACGUGGAUUUUACCUAAAAUGUGCCAAAAUUAAAUAAAAAGUUUUUUCGAAUCAUGUUCAAAACCUGCUUUGAUGUACAAAUAUUGCCAUUUAUGAUUUUUUUUACUGACCGUUACAACAUUAUAGCGUGACUAUAUAGAAACCACGAACAGAUUACAUUUUCCAUAAUUCGAAUGUGUAAUAUGCAUAUUUCUGUAUGUGAAUUCUUUUAGAUGGUACUUUAUAUAUGAAGAAACACUUUGUUUAGCAAUUGUUUUGCUCCAUUGGCUACUAAAUUCCCGAUGGACAGAUAUUUUGUCUGUUAAAAUGCACAAGUUUAUUCAUCUUAAAAUGCGUCAACGGAAUUCCGGUGAUUUAUGAAAACAGGGAAGAUGUGUAACUUCAAUUACUCGCAUGUCAAAAUUAUUAUAUUAUAUGUUAUAUACAUUGUAUGCUCAUGUCUUUGAGUUUCAUGUUGUUCUGCUUGUUGAUAAUAUAUCAUUUAACAUAUCUCUGUUGUCACCACAUUGGAUAAUUGAUGAAUAAUUGUAUUUUGGACCGGAGGCAUUGCAGUACAAUUAACCCAUAUGUUAUGUUAUGCUAUGUUAUGUUAUUAUACAUGAUUUUAAUUGAAUAUUAAUUUAUUAGUUAGGAUACCUUUAUAGUUUUUUGCAGCUAAUGAAAGUCCUAGACAUCCAUUUUCUCCAAGUUUUGAAACUGGACUGUCAUCUUGCUCUUCACAGAUGUCACAAACCUUUUUAGUUAUGUCUAUACUGGUUACUUCCAGGCUGUAAAUAUUGAAAAUAUCUUUAAAACUACAUGUAUUUUAUACAAAUGGUAUAUUACUAUAUAUUAUCAAGUACAUUCUUUUUCCUCAAAAUAAGUAUAGAAAUGCAGCCAGCAGAGCUAUGAAAAUAUAUAAAGCUAUAAUCGUAAUAUAAAGGUAGACUUAGUCAUUAACUGAUGUUUUUGUAAAUGAUCUCACAUAUUACUGAUUCAUCUUCUUAUACCAUAUAUAUUCGUAAAUUUAUUAAAGUACAAAACAACAUUUGGUUACCUCAUUUUUUGCUUCAUACAGUUGUUUCCUCAUAUGCAGAGAAAUCACAGUUGUCUUAUUAGAUCACACAAAGGUAGAUAAUUGACGAUAAAAACAAAGACAUGAUUCUGAAAAAGAAGGGACAUGCAUAUUUUUAUUAGUGUUGUUUGAUUCUUUAUCCAGACAUUAUUGUAUUAUAAGUUAAUUAAGUAUUAAUGUUAUAGCUACAUUAUUACACCUGUGCAUAAUAAAAAACACACAGAAACUAGACCUUAUCCAGUUUAUAUGUACAUGUAUAUCUUUAUUUUUAUUCAUAUAAUGUUUCUUACGUGUAAUGUAGAGCUAUUAUAAAUGGUUUAAAGAUAUAUAAAUAUAAAGUUAAAGUACCUUUAUUUUAUCUACAUAAAGCUGAACAACCAGCAAGCUCAUAAUAGCAGACGUGAUAAACAAAAAUCUCCUCCUGAAAUAGAAUUAAAAACAAAAGUUCUUUAUUUAAAUUUUCACUUUUUUAAAUUUGAUGGCACUUUCACGCUUCUGUAGUUUAAAAAUG